CGCUGGCAAGCACCCCGCGGCGGAGAGGGUUCGAGAAGGCCAAAAGGGACGAGCGGAUUUGGGAAGCCAGCCAGCGAGCCGGGGCAGGCAUCCAUGGCGGACUGGGGCCCCGUGAUCGUGGCGACAGCGCUGUUCGUGGUGCUCACCCCGGGGCUGCUCUGCACGCUGCCGGGGCGCGGCCGGGUGGCGGAGUUCGGCAGCAUGCACACCAGCCCCGUCGCCAUCAUCGUCCACGCCGUCCUCUACUUCGCGCUCAUCACCAUCUUCCUCAUCGCCAUCGGGAUCCACAUCUACGCCGGCUAGCCAGCAGCCGCCGGCCGAUCGAUCGAGCCGGGGGGGGGGGGGGGGGCGGCGCAGGCGGCGGCCGUCGGCGUGUGAUUCCAAACUAGAUCUGUCUUUUCCUCUCUCUCUCUCCUGCUGAUUAAUUGUUCCUCCCCCCGCUGCGGGAGGGAGUAGGACUCCAUGAUUUACUACUACUGUGGUCUGUGGUUGUAAUGGAUCCAGGGUUUUUCUUACCGGUAAGGAAAAAAAACCGGAGGUCAGCGAGAAACGCGUUUAUCGGAUUUCUCGGAAAA